UAUGGUCAUGUCGAAGUCGUUUAAUAAAUAAAGUGAUGUUUACAUUUUCAUGAUGUUAUAAAGUAAUAGUUUUUUUUCAAAACUAUUACCGUUGAAUUAAAACAAUGGCCUUUUUCGAUAAUAAAUUAUGGCUUCUUUCGCAUAUACGAAAUUCAUUUAUAUGUACAGAUGAUACUGGUAUGUGCGAAACAGUUAUGGCCGGAGAAGACAUUCCUAAACAGUUACCUCGAAUCACAGCAAACGACACAUACCCCGGCUUUGAUGAGAGUAGCGACGAAGACGAUGAUAUGGAUUUACAAGAAUCCUACGAUAUUCAAUUAAACUACUUCGAUAACAGUACUUAUCGACAACGAUCGAAUACCGCCCAAUAUAUUGAAAAAUUAAAUAUUGCAAGAAAAAAAGCGUCGAAAAUUAAAAAUAUUAAAUGGGAAACUAGCCAACAAAGUUUAACCGAGGAGGAGAAAUUAGAAUUGUUUAGUAGAAACACAAGUAAACAACAAAAUCAAGAUAUGUCAAAAAAGAAUUCUUUGUUAAGUCAAUUAAUGACUAAGACAACGAAUUUACCGAAAAAUCCGUUCAUUCAAUAUUCAAAAUUUGAUGGAAGUGGACGAAUUGAUGUACCAAUUAGAAAAUUUAAAAUUUUCUUAACAAUGUUACCAGAAAACGAACGAAAUUAUCCGUUAAUUGUUUGUAUUGUUGCGUCAGCUAGAAUUCUGGAUUUGAUUGGGUUAUCCUGCUUAAAAUAUAGCAUGACACAUCCAGAAUAUCAAUUUAAGUCCAUCGGCCACUAUGAUUUAUACAUAACCGAAGAUGAUGGUGAAAUGGACAAAGAUUUCCCACCACUGGACACGAAAGAAUGUGUUAACAAAUUUAAAUUUAAUUGUCUCAGUUUAGUUGAACAUAAAAAUAAAAAAAUUGUUAUUGAAGAACCUCCACCGAGGCCAUCUAUGAAUGAUAACGGAAAACCUCCAGUUCGAAAAAAUCCGAAUCAAGAUCCAGAUGAUUUAGAAAGUUUUGGAAAUUAUACUGGUGCAAUAUUAGCACCAAUUUACAAAUGUUAUAAAGUUUAUAUAAUAAGUAAAGUUCGAUCAAAAAUCGAAGUAAACUUAAGUGUAAGUGGUGAACAAAUUGAAAUUGAUCCCGUACAACAGAAAAAUACAAAAUUCUGGAUUCGACAGAAGGCUGUAAAUUAUAAAAUCGAUAACAUCGCUUGGUGUGAAAAAAUUGAAGAUUCGAAAAACGAUCGAACUACUUUUCGAUUAUUGUAUAUGGUAACACCAUCACAAUUUGAAUCAAAUAGCUUAGGAACUGCAAACACAUUAUUAAAACAAUCUCCAAGCUUUAAACAUCACGAUUUUGAAACAGAUAAAGCAACAGCCGAAGAAAUUGUGAAGAAAAUCAAUCAUAUUUUAGAAUUACGAUCGAGUACGAGUCGACGAAAUUAUUUAACACUUCGAGAACGAAAAGCUAGUCGAAGGCGAAGUUUCCAUUUAGUUAGUAAAACAUAAGCGAGAAAAAAAUAUUGUAAAUAUUUAUUAAAUUGUAAAAAAUGAAAAUAAGAAGGUUUCUACAAUCGGCACUAUUCCCUAGACCUAUUCACGACUAAAAACGAAUGUAGACGAUGUUGGUACUUUUAAAUGUUUAUGUAAGGUCUAAUUCAAAGAUUUUAAUUAUUGUAUCGUGCACUCUGGUUUUUAGGAAAGUGAUUAUAUCGAUCUUUUUCGACGAGCGGGGAUAUUUUUUACUCUUGGCGCACGGGCAAUUAUUAAAAUCUUUUCUAAAUGAUUGGGAAGAGAAAAAAUUAAAAGAUACUUUAAAUGGUUAGAGAAAUUUUCUUUAAAGAAUGAUCUAUUUUAUUCCUUUCAGCAUUGUAAUCUAUAUAUAUAUAAAAGAAGAAACUGACUGACUGACUGAUCGAUCAACGCACAGCUGAUACCCCUGGCUCUAGAGGCAUGAACUUUUAUACAAACGUUCCCUAGAUGACGUAAGUGUGUACUAAAAUGGGAUUUUUGGAAAUUCAUUCCCUAAGAGGUUGAAAAUUUGUUUGAAACUUGAUAAAUUUUGAACU